AUGUUGCUAGUAUUUACUUUAUUGGUAACAUCUAAACAGUUUUUCGGCGAUCCUAUCCACUGCAUGACGCAGGAAAAAUCUGAUGACAAUAAGGAAGCUAUUAACAACUACUGUUGGAUAUAUGGAACUUACACAUUGAGAAGUAGAUUUACAGGCAUAGAAGGCAAGCACAUGGCAUAUCUUGGUAUUGGGCCAGAAAAAGGAGAAAACAAUGAACAAUUAAAACACACUUAUUACCAAUGGGUGUGUUUUGUUUUGCUUGGACAGGCUAUGAUGUUCUACACCCCUCGUUAUCUCUGGAAGAUAUGGGAAGGGGGUCGCUUAAAGGGAUUGGCAUCUGAUUUAGCUAGUCCAUUGACACCCAAAGACUGGUCAGAGUCACGCCGUGGUGAGCUGGUAGCGUAUCUCACCCACACCAAUGUGUACACACAUAACAUGUAUGCCCUACGCUACAUGUUUUGUGAAAUUCUAAAUCUUGUUAAUGUUGUUGGUCACAUUUUCUUAUUGGACAUGUUUCUUGGUGGUGCCUUCAGGAAUUAUGGUGCAGCUGUAGCAGCAUUUUCUCAUACACCCCAAGUUCCUAAUGACUUCAUGGACUAUGCAUCUGUUAAUCCUAUGGAUGAAUUCUUCCCUAAACUAACUAAAUGCUUUAUAAGAAGUUAUGGUCCAUCUGGAACUAUACAGAUUAAAGACAGACUGCGUGUUAGUUUUGGAGAUUGGUUUAUAUUGCAUAUGUUGGGCAAAAAUAUGAAUCCUACUAUAUAUAAGGACUUAAUCAUAGAACUUUCUAAGAAUUUAGAAAGUAAACCUCUGAUGGUUUAG